UGUGGAAAGUUUACCGGCUCGGGUGCAAAGUUUCAGCCGUCUGCAAACCGGAGCUCGUCGGCAAACGUUUCUGGAAUAUACUGGUGUCGACCACGGUCUAUUUGUACGGUAAAUAACCGUUUUCCGAAUUCAUUUGACCUGUGGUUGUCUUCAGAUCCAGCCGAGUGAUGCUGCCAUCGCUGGAAAACAGCAGUGUGUAAAGACGCUGUUAGCAUCGAUCGUAUUGUCUCAGGGAGCCAGCUAGCGUAACGUAAGUCGUUAUCUUCGAGCUGUGUUAAACCAGAGAGAUAGCUAACGUUAGCUGAUGUCCUAGUGAGCUCGUUAGACGGCUGUGAAACCUUAUUUAACGUUAACUCGAAACUUGACUCGACGAAGGACUGUGAAGAAGGGAAAAUGGCUUUUGAGCCUAAUCGUGUCCGGCUGCUAUGCAUGCUCUCAUUGACUUUCGGGUUUUUCAUUGUGGAAGUGGUUGUAAGCCGGAUCACCUCAUCUCUAUCAAUGCUGUCGGACUCCUUUCAUAUGCUGUCGGACGUCAUUGCGUUGGUCGUGGCUUUGGUCGCGGUGCGAUUCGCUGAGAAAACCCAUGCGACCAACAAAAACACCUUCGGGUGGAUCCGGGCGGAGGUGAUGGGGGCUCUGGUCAACGCCGUCUUCCUCACGGCGCUGUGCUUCACCAUCGUCCUGGAGGCUGUCGAGCGUUUUACCGAGCCCGAUGAGAUCGAUAGUCCGCUGGUGGUCGCCGGGGUUGGUGCCGCGGGACUCCUAAUCAACCUGCUUGGGCUCUGCUUGUUCCGCGGGCACGCUGGCGGAGGCCACGGGCACUCCCACGGAGGACACUCUCAUGGAAAUAAGAACAAGAGGGGUAAAACCGGCAAGUCCCAGAAGGCUGGGAAUGGGUCUUCAGGAGAGGAGACCAACAACUUGGUAGGAAACCACAACAGCCCGGGAGAUGUCAGACCAAGAAAUGAAAUCAGCUGUAAAGACAGCACAGAGGUGCAGAUUAAUGGCAACCCCCACUUUGAGGAGAUGGACCAUGACCACGACGCAUCGUCGCAGCUCAACAUGCGCGGGGUCUUCCUGCAUGUUUUGGGUGACGCCCUUGGCUCUGUCAUUGUGGUGGUCAAUUCUUUAAUAUUUACCUUUGUGUGGCAGCCCUGCAUCAGCGGUGAGACGUGUGUGAACCCGUGUAUCAACAGCCACACCACAGACCACCAGCAUGUCAAUCACACACUGGUUGACCUGCUUGAAGGUCCCACUAUGUCAGCCAUGAAGUUUGCAGGCCCCUGCUGGGUUCUCUACCUGGAUCCCACACUCUGCAUCAUCAUGGUGACCAUCCUGCUGUAUACUACCUAUCCACUGCUCAAAGAGUCGGCCCUCAUCCUGCUGCAGACAGUGCCCAAGCAGAUCAACAUGAGCCGGCUCAACGAGCGGCUGCUAGGUCUAGAGGGUGUCCUGGCCAUCCACGAGCUGCACAUCUGGCAGCUGGCUGGCAGUCGCAUCAUUGCCACGGCACACAUCAAGUGCCACGACCCCACUUCUUACAUGGAGGUGGCCAAGCGCAUCAAGGACUUCUUCCACGACGAGGGCAUCCACGCCACCACCAUCCAGCCAGAGUUUGUCACGUUCAACUCAGAGUCUCGAGACUCCCUCUGUGAGCUUUCCUGUCGGACUCAGUGUGCUCCCAAGCUGUGCUGCGGCUCUGCAGACAAACCGAACACAGGCUCUGAGAAGAAGGCCAGCAGUGACUGCAAGGCUGCUGCUGCUUCAGCCCUGGAGGUGAUCAGUGAGACCCCAGAGCAGGAUGCAGGCAUUCAGGUGUGCCCUCAGUCAGAGGCCGGGAUUACCAUCACUAGAGAGGUGGAGUCAUCUCUGUGAGAUGGAGGGGAUAUAGAGAAACAGAGGAGAAGCUGGAAAACCAGCACACCAGGCUAAAGUCAUUAUUGUCAUGGACGCUGUUAUCUUUUUGACCCGUGGCUCUGUCGUGGUCAUGACAAAAAAAAAUAAUUUUCCUUAGCUUUUACCCUCUGUUACUGCCCCUGUUAUAGCUGAAAAAUCCCCCCAAAAACCCCUCUGUAUUCAUGCAUUUGAGCCAUGUCGUUUCAACUUUCCUCUCUGUGUAUACCUAUUUCCAUCCCCUCUCUCCCAGCCUCUCCUCUGUCACUCGGCCCCUCUCUUGUUGCCCUGGCAGUAUGGUGGCGAUGCAUGUUGGGGUUCUCUGACCUUAUCUCCUCCAGGACUGGAGCGAGGCCUGCAUGAGUGUCCCUCAUUAGCACUGUGUUGUGAUGUGUCAUCUCGUCCCAUGGGGUUUCUGUGCCAAAGCUUCUCACUGCAGGACUGAAGGGAUCUGAGAGACGUCCUCGCCUCUAAAAGGACACACACAACACAGCAUGUCGGAGCACACAUCACUAGGUUAUGUUGUUUAGCCUUUGGACCUGUUGGCAAAGAGUCUACCUUUUUUUUUUUUUUUUUUUUUUGCGUAGGUUUUGAGCAGAUCUAUUUUCUUACCCUCUGGCCCCAAAUGGAAGAGUAUUGUAUGGCAUAAUAAUUUAAGUAUUUUAAGUUAUUAGAAAUUAUCUAUUUCUUUCAAUAGAUGCUGUUUGUAAUAUUUAGUUUGGAUGUUAGAAACAUAUUUGCAAUUUUUCUGUCUUGAAUUUUUUGACAGAUCAUCUAUGCUGUAGUCUGUUUUUCAAAUGUGACGUUUUAUAAUGAUUUUGUUUCUCAAGACUUUUCUCUGGCCUUGACUCAGUUUUACUUGCAGUCAUCAGUUGGAUACAGAAGCUGUAUCAACACCUCUCUCACCUUGCCUUUUAAAUGCAAAAACCUGCGGUUGUUCUAGCACUAAUUAUAGUAGACACAGUGUAACUGAACCUCUUGCAUUGGCACAAUCACCUAAUUAAAUGUUCAUUCAUAUAGUUGAUGCCUUGCAAGCCAGAGGGUUGGAUCUGUUGUGAAGAAAUGAGCACUGGAUGCCAUUAAUGAAACUAUUCUCUGUAUGAAUCUGUACUGGAAAGCUUUCUGAUGAUGGCUGUUGACUUUCAUUUAAAAUCCUCAUGAAUGUGUUUGGCACCAUGACACAAUCUACGCUGAGGGAGUUUUUAUAUUUCCAAGAUGUUCUGCUAUGUUUGCAUGACCAAACUGAGACCAGUUUGACUUUCAGGAGUUCCACUGAAGCUCCAGUUGCUGCUUACCAGUACCUGCUGGUAUCUACUUACAUAACUCAACUGUGUAGUGAAUGACUCACCUUACAGCUUUUCUGUCCUCUGCUUUGGACAGCUGAGCAGGCUGUUUUUGCUGAAUUGAAGUCCAUAUGGUGGCCUUUAAAAUUGAUGAAUUUUCCCUCAUCACCACAGAUAUCAUUUAAAGGUGAUCCAUCGAUGUGUUUCAGAUUUCCACUCCUAAAUAAAUGUGUAUGCAAUAUAGAAAUAUGUGCUGGGAUAAUAUUUUGAUGCGGUCCUUCAUUUGUAAUGUUGGGUCACUUUUAUUCUGUAUCUUUUAAGACUUGAGCUCUAUGUGCAAAUUUAAACCGAGUGUGUUUUUUUUUUUUUUAAAUUUUAGAUAUGGCAUGUUAAGUGAUGUGUUUUUGAUAUACUAUAUAUCUACAGUACCUGUCCAAUGUGUCGUCGUGAAAUAAAAACAAAAUAUGACUGUUUGGUACAGUUGAGGAAUUGAAA